GGUGGCGGUGGAGAGCCGCCUGCGCAUGUCAAGGCUGACGGAGCACACACGGUCGGGGCGCCUGGAGAAGGGCGGCUGGUCACGCGCCACCCAGGGUCUGGGCCCCUGCACGAUCUGCAGGCGAGCUCGGGGACGGGGCCCACCCACCCCACCUCUCGAUCGCAGGCCGCACAGAAGCUUCCGCCUCCUUCCUGGCCCCCCUCCGGACCUCCCCGGGGAGGCUCGGCGGGUGUGGACUGGACUGAGGUGGAACGAGUUCUGUAGCUCAGACGGCAGCCCCGGUGGUUUCGGGUGUGAGGGCAGGCCCAGCUGGAGAAGGCGAUCAGGGCGGACGAAGCCGGCGCUCCCGGGUCUGGGUGGAUCCUGGUCGGAGCGUAACUCUCAGUAGGGAGCCCCGGAAGCCACCCGCUGAAAAAGAUGCCUGGCUUCAACAGAUUGUUUCCCCUGGCUUCCCUCCUGCUCAUUUUGUGGGCUGGCGUCUGCUCCCCUGUGUGUGUGGAAGUGCCCUCGGAGACGGAGGCGGUUCAGGGCAAUCCCAUGAAGCUGCGCUGCAUCUCCUGCAUGAAGAGGGAGGACGUUGAGGCCACCACGGUGGUGGAAUGGUUCUACAGGCCCGAGGGCGGUAAAGAUUUCCUUAUCUAUGAGUAUCGGAACGGCCACCAGGAGGUGGAGAGCCCCUUCCAGGGACGCCUGCAGUGGAACGGGAGCAAAGACUUGCAGGACGUGUCCAUCACUGUGCUCAAUGUCACCCUGAACGACUCCGGCCUCUAUACCUGCAACGUGUCCCGGGAGUUUGAGUUUGAGGCACAUCGCCCCUUCGUGAAGACCACCCGGCUGAUCCCCCUCCGUGUCACCGAGGAGGCUGGAGAAGACUUCACCUCUGUGGUCUCAGAAAUCAUGAUGUACAUCCUCCUGGUCUUCCUCACUCUGUGGCUGCUCAUCGAGAUGAUAUAUUGCUACAGGAAGGUCUCAAAGGCCGAAGAGGCAGCCCAAGAAAAUGCGUCUGACUACCUGGCGAUCCCAUCGGAGAACAAAGAGAACUCUGCGGUACCAGUGGAGGAAUAGGAGGGGGCAACCGGAGGUGAUGUACAGGGAAGGGAGGGGCAGGUAGAUAAGGAGGCAGGUUGUACAAGUGACCUUGACACCCACAAACCAAAAUGACUUUAGAUUUGGUCCCUUAGAUUUCUACCCUACCCAGAAUCCCCACCCUCCGGGUACUUCUUUAAGUUGAUGCCCAAGUAGUCAGAGCUCUGUGCGAGGUUCAAGUCCUUCAGAAGGUGAGUUGCUUUGGCCUGAGUGUUGGGGCAACUUGAACUCCUUACCCACAGUGACAAAAAAUAAUUCCCCAUUCUCCCUCCUAUGUAAGGAUCGUGGAUGAGGUCAGAGAGCCUUUGGCUGGGCUGGACUGGGCUGGCAAUUCUCAGUGAGCUGUUUUAUCACUGGUAGGUGGCCUGAACACUGAAGCGCUGGCUACCCCAUGUUCAGUGAUGUCAACAGCGUCAGGAGGGUGCCCCAGGGACCACAUCACUUCCCUUCACACGUCCAUCCUUCAGUUCAUUCAUCAUACAUCCACUCACCUCUGAACUGUCACCUCUGACUUGCUAACUCCAUCAGACCUCCACACACAAGACUUUGCAAGAACCAAGGAGCCAACAUUUCUACACGACUCAAACCUCAGCCUGCCCUUGCUGUCAAGCAAGCAGCUCCCAUGCCAACUGGACCCCCCCACCCUGUGCUCCACCCGGCUUUGAACACGUGCUGGAGCCGCUGAUUCUCCAUUGCCGCAAGUGAAUGGAGGGCUUAACGGAAGGAAGCUGGAGUGAUUAGUCUGGGUUAAAGCAAAAGAGUGUCAUGAAGUGGGAUUCCUUGAAGUCAGUUUUUCUAAGUUCCUGGUCCACUUGGCUGGAGCAUCAGAGCAAAGCAUGCGCUUCUAGGCCCUCCAGUGAUAGAAAGGUCAUUAAGCAUGGACUAAAAUGUUCUCUGGACUAUGGUGCUCCAGGGCUAGAUCCCAAGAGGUCUCAAAGGCCUGGGUUAGUGUCAGUACUUCAAGAAGCCGAGAGCAGGGGACUUGGGAAGUCAUACAACAUGUUCAUGAUCUUCCUGGGGCAACGUGUGUGCCUUGCCAGGUGAACGCACCACCGGAGAUGGCGGGGUGGCAUUGUUUUCCUGUGGGCACUGGGACUGCGAUUCCUAAGUUCUUCCUCUCAAAAUUUCUGUGGGUCAGUAUUAUUACUCAUACGGGAGGCAACGGAGACUCAAGACAGGACUCCACUGAUAAGAGACUUCAAAGGAUAAACUGGGGCAGAUAGAAGCCUAAGGCGCGGUCCAGUUUACACUUCCCGAGAUGGGAUAAUUUUGUCCUUGAAAAGACUUUGAAAUUGAGUUUGGCACAGAACUCGGUGGAUUGCCUGGAUGAGGUUAGCUCUGAUUCAGGCCAUUAGAAAUUGGCCAAAAAGGCAGAGAGAAGGAUGGGAGGUAGAUUUGAAGAAUUUCUUUAGUGAAAAGGUUUGUGAAUCUGAGACGUCUUCCAGAAGGGGAACGCAUCCGGGAAUGGCAUUUAACUAAGACACAUGUUUUUAGCCUGAGAUAGAUGAUGGCAAAUGAGUGAUGUGACAGAGGAGGGACAGGCUAGGUGGCUUCCAAAUAUUUCACCUGUGAAUUCAUAAUGUCCAAGGUUUUUUUUGUUUUCCCCUAGAUGUUAGGAGAGCAGAUGAACACUGGAAACAUUUUAGUCGAUAUCUCAUGUUUCACUUUGAGUAACUGGUGUUAAGUGCGAUGUCCUUCUGCACCCUGUGAUGAGAGGGGGAAGGAUGCUUGAUGGGAUGUGAGAAGAUGAAAGUGACUGGGAUUCGAUGAACAAGAUGUCCCUCAGAUCCAGGGGCAUCUAUGGGGAAAGAUCCCACUCUCUUGGCUUUGGGCCUCACCUGACAAACUCAGUUCAUCUCUGCCAUCCCUGGGAAAGCACUUGAAUUAGUCCUUGUUUACAUAUUUGAGAGUCUGAUUUUAUCGAAGAAAAUACUUUCAAUAAAUUCAAGGCCUUUCUCUUUGGUAAUUUCCCACACAAUCCCUCUGAAAUAGGAGACAGAAUAUAGAUUUUCCUUACUUUCCUGUGAGGAAAACGGGCCUGGAUUACUGUGAGGUUUUCCCAGUCACGUGGAUGGCGGAUGACAAGCCUGCCGCAGAAACUCCUUUCUACCCCUCCACUUCCCUCUUGCGUCAGUAGACCAUGCAUCUAACUUGUGAUCUAGAAUGCACGUUUUCUUUUCCUUUUUAAAAGCCCAACUCAGAUAUCUCCUGGGUGAUUUUUAAUGAAGCUGAAUGGUACCUCUCUUUUUUUCUUAUCCUUUACAAGUAAUCUUCUCUAGUCUUUUCCUCCUCCUAACUUCUCAACUCUUCUCAUCUUUAAUGCUUUCUUUAUUAAGCUAUAUGAUUUACCAAGCAUUUUAAUUAUCUUAUUUCUUCUCCACAACUAGCUCUGUGAGGUGGAUAUUGCUAAUACGUUAACAAAUGAAGAAACACACUGUCUGAGGCUAAGAAGCUUUACCAAAUCAUAAGUUCAUAUAGUGGGUAAACAGAGAGCUGGAAUUCAGGUCUUCUGAGCCGUAGCCCAGCUCUCUUUCCACUGAGACCAUAGCUGCUUCCUUUCCUCUCAUUUUUCUUUUCUUUUUUUUACUUCCAUCUAAUCUUUGCCUCUCUUGCUUGUCCUGAGAUGUUAAACAUCUUCGCUCACCCCUAACCCCACUCCACUGCUCCUCUACCACUCUGCUUCUUGGUCCAUGCUAAAACUGUGCUUUCAAAGUCUUAAUCUCAUGUUCGUUUCCCCUUUCUCGUUGGUUUGUACCUCAUUAUUUCUCCUGAAUUGCAAUUAAACUCCUUCCUGGGAGACUUGAUCAUGACUAUAAAUCCACAAGGUACUGUGAUCACCAGCCUACUUCAAAUCCUCACUCCCUCCCUGUUCCCCCGCAUAUUCCUACAAAGGACCCAGAUAAACGUGCACUGCUCUGGAAGCUCUAUCUGGUAUGCUGUUCUAUUAAAGGGCUUAGAAACGUUCUCAAGGGCUAUCAUCACUCUAGGAACCCCACCUGUUGUCUUGGUGCUGGAUAUUCCCCCUGACUGAUGCUUAAUAAUACAAUUCCCUCAAGGCCAGCUCGGCUGGGUCUGGUUUUCCCUCCCCUUGGGCUUAACAGCCAUGACCUUCAUUGCUCAACUCUGCUGGCCCUGUGAGCACCUCGCCCAACGGACCUUUGCCGUCAGCUCAGCCUUGCAUCGCAGCCCCAUCUCUCGUGUGGAAAUACCUUGACGGUCAGCACCUGUCCCAACACCAGCCUUUAUUUUCAGUCCAUCUAAAAGCACUGUCCUUUAGAGUCACCACCCCCAAACACCCACACGCCCGGAUUUCUGACUCUCUUGAGUUUCUGGUUUCUCCUUAGAUGCCAAACUAGAAAUGUUAGUAGGAAAGGAAUUUUUCAGAGCAGGAAUAUGCUGAAAAUAUGUAUAGAGCUAUGAAUGGUUAAGAGAAGAGAGAGUAGCUCCUUUUUUCCCCCCAGAACUACGGGAUCAAAAAGGAAAACAUACCCAUCUCAGAAUCUGUGAACCCACCUGACAUAAAUCAGAGAGAAAAGGCCGUGUAACUGCAUCUUGGCAGGAAGCAGCAGCAAGGAGCUAGACCCAUUUCAGAAUAUACCUUGGCUCUCCUUCCCAAGCGGAAAUGGAAAACUAAAACAAAAAACACCUUCCUCUCCCAUCCCUUUGUAAAUGAAAAGCCCCCAACCCAGUGAGUCCUCCCAGCCACGGCAAAUGUAUCUGUGUAGUACUUGGUGUCAUUACUCCGAUCACCCAUUCAUUCUGCAUUUCGGCACCCUCUCUGCGUCGGGCACCAGUCUAGACCGAGUGUGCCCUGCGCCCUUAGGUUUUAAAAAUAUCAUCAUCCAAGCCUUUCCUAGUCUCUAAAACUCUACCAUGGCAGACGACCCAUGUUUGGCACCCCUCCCCUUACUUGAGGCUGUAGUAGGACCCAGUAGAUGCACAUUUGAAGCGAGUCUGAGCUGUAGCUCAGACUCAACCCCUAUCAUAGGCCAGCGAAGCCUCAAAGCUGGUAUUCCUCUUUUUUGGACAGAGUGACAGGGAGGGAGGCACUGAAGGACGAGCGCGUGUAGGUUUGUGAGGCACCAAACACAAUCAGCAAAUUCGUACAGCCAUGGAACUCGUCACCGUGUUGUCACCUUCGUGUGGCUUUUUCUUGAUUUUCCACAGCCAAUCUUUUUCUGAACUUUAGAAAUGUUGUUCCUGACCACUCAAGCUCUCAACAACCUAAUGCCUGUAUGUGGUGUUUUUCAGUAAACUCCCUGUUCAUGUCAAUAAAGUGUCUCUAAACACUG